AGCUAGAGGGAGUCCUUGCGAUUUUUGCCAUCGAUCGGCGAUAAAGUCCCGUCAUCGACGCGCGGGAUUGUUCGCCAGUCCAGCCCGUGUCCGCGGACAAACGCAACUCGCGCGAAAUGUCUUCGAAGUGAACGCGAUAUGGAGCACAAAAUCAAAGAAGGCGCUUCCGACGCAGAAACCCGGAGACUGUUCGACGGUGACGAAGAGCCGGCGGGUUUCGAGAAAGCCAUCACCGCAGCCGGAUGGGGCAGGUUCAACGUCAUCGUUUACGUGCUGUCCAUUACGUCGGGAUGGUCGUCGGUGUUCGAGACUAGCACGAUGUCUUACGUGUUCCCCGCGGCGGAAUGCGAUCUGGAUCUCCUACUCAGCCACAAGGGGUUGUUGAAUUCUGCCACCUAUAUUGGCAUGAUCUCGAGCGGUUUCAUAUGGGGGUAUUUGUGCGACACCCUCGGCAGGAAGAAGCUACUCGUGGUGGGGUUCCUGUUGGACGCGUUGUUUGUCAUACUGGGCGCGGCGUCUCAGAAUUUCGCUAUGCUGGUCACCGCCAAGUUUUUCGGCGGUUUUAUUAUAAACGGUCCGUUUACAGCACUGACCACCUACCUCUCCGAGCUGCACAGCGCUAAGCAACGCGCGAGGGUCCAAAUGGUCCUGGGCGUGAUUUUCAGCUUGGCCACUGUCGUCGUGCCUAUUUUGGCGCUCUACGUUUUGCCGAUGGGCUUCAAGGCCGCAUUCGGCGACCAUUUCGUUAUCCACUCGUGGAACCUCUACAUGUUCAUAUGCGCUUGCGUGCCGUUGACCAGUGGCGUCGCCUUCAUGUUUCUGCCGGAGAGUCCCAAAUUUUUGAUGACGACCGGUAAAAACGAGAAAGCGCUCGCCGUGUUCCGGAAAAUUUACCGGAUCAACACGGGGAACCCGGAAGAAACGUACCCGAUCAAAAAGUUGGUAGACGAGAUCGAACUGAAUAGAAACAACAAACACGCCGGUAAAAUGACCGCGAACAGAUCAAAACUGAAGGCAGUGACCGAAGGAUUCUCGCAGAUCAGGCCUCUCUUUCUACCCCCGCACCUGCCGAAAAUCGUCCUAAUCUGUUGCAUACAAUUCUUCACGAUGAGCAGCCUCAACACGCUAAGGUUAUGGUUGCCUCAGCUGUUCCAAGCUGUCAACGACUUCGAGCAGUCGCACAACGAGAGCGCCAGCCUGUGCGAGAUGCUCGCCGUAUUCCGCCCCAAAACCAGGUCCGCACAGGAAGAAGGAUGCGUUGUUAACAUGAACAACAUGUCGGUGUACGUCAACUCGAUCGUCAUAGCGGUGGUGUCGGUGGCGGGUUACGUGCUGGCGGGGCUCGUCAUCAACAAGGUCGGCAAGAAGUGGUUGUACAUAUUCCUCGCCAGCGCGGCAGGCGUCUCGUCGAUGUCGCUCUUCGUCUCGCGGAACACAGCGACCACGAUAGCUCUGGCGGCGCUGUUCGUAACUACGGGUAGCGUGAUGAUCAACACCCUGCUUGCGAUCAUAGUGGACCUGUUCCCGACUACUCUGAGGGCCUUCUCGGUCGCGAUCGCUAUGAUGUGCGGCCGCACGGGGGCGGCACUGGGCAACGUCCUCUUCCCCUAUCUGCUGCAGACCGGCUGCGCGCCGCCAUUUUUCACGGUGGGCGGGGCGAUGAUAGCGUGCGCGGCGAUCGGGUGUCUGCUGCCACACACCGACAACAAGGCGCUCCGAGGGCACUCGGCGGUCGGUAUAGUAGGUGCCUUUCGAAGCCGCGAAAUGAGGGGCGAGGGGAAUCGCUACAGUGGCGGCGAAAAAGACGACGCUGCGGAUUUUCAGACCGCAGUGAGCGCAACCGGCUUCGGCAAGUUCAACUACGUGCUGCUGGCGAUCUGCCUGCCCGCCACGUGGACCACCCAGUACGAAACCACCGGCAUGUCCUUUGUGGUACCUGCGGCGGCCUGCGAUCUCGACCUCACGUCUACCCAGAAAGGCCUGCUGAACUCGAUGACGUUCGUCGGCAUGGUGACCUCGGGUUGCGUGUGGGGAUUCCUGCUCGACACCCUCGGCAGACGCAAAGUCGUCCUCAUAGGUUACGGCGUCGAAUCCCUGCUAGUGUUCGCUACCAGUUUCGCUCCAAACUUCGCGUACCUCGUCGUCUGCAAGUUUUGCUCGGGGGCGGUAUCGGGCGGCCUCUACGUGGCCAUAAACACGUACUUGCAGGAGUUUCACGCGACGGAGUACCGCGGCAAGAUCCAGAUGGCGUUCGCGUCGAUGUAUUGCGCGGCCAAUGUUGCCGUACCGCUGACGGCGUCGUUAUUUUUACCGCUCGAUGUAGACGCGCGUCUAUUCGGCGCUAUCGAUUACCACGCGUGGAAUUUGUUCAUCCUCGUAGGCGGCGUCUUCAGCGUCGUGUCGACGGUUUGCUUCUACAUGAUGCCAGAGAGUCCGAAGUUUCUGAUGAGUGCGGGCGACAACGACGCGGCUCUAGCCGUGUUCCGCAAAGUGUACAGCGCCAACAGCGGCAACUCGGCGAAGUUAUAUCCCAUACGAAAGCUGAUAGAUGAAACGAUAAGGACGCAGGAGAAGCCCGCCGCCAAGGAUACACCAUGGACGAAUUAUUUCAGGACGGGCUGGCGGCAAACGGCCCCGCUCUUCGGUAGAACUCACUUUCCGAGGCUGGUGCUCGUUUGUGUGGUACAGGGCACUUUUCAGAUGUCGAUAAACGCCUGGCGACUGUACAUGCCGCAGGUGUUUCAAGCCAUUCACGAACACCAGGCGGGAGACAACGAGAGCUCCGAUUUGUGCGCCAUGAUGGCUGGGCUGAAAUCCUCGGAGCCGGGGGAAAUGGUCAUCUGCAGCGUGAAUAUGGAGGACAAUUUCGCGGUGUACCUCAACUGCGUGAUAACCGCGAUCGCGUCGAUAGCGGGAUACGCGGGCGCCGGCGCUCUGAUCAAUACCUUCGGCAGGCGUCACAUGCUAAACGUGCUGACGCUCGCGGGGGUUGUUUCCGCCACGUGUAUGUACUUCGCGAAAAAUAUCGCCACCAUCUUGACACUGAGCUCCGUCUACCUCGCUGCGACUAGCGUGUGUUAUGACAUAAUCGUCACCAUCGUGGUGGCCGUGUUCCCCACCACUUUAAGGGCUUUGGCGUUCUCGUUUACCAUGAUGUCCGGCAGAUCGCUGACCGUCGUCGGGAACAUGAUCAUGCCGAUUUUGGUCGACUUGGGUUGCGCACCUCCCUUUCUGACGCUAGGCGCAUUUUUGACUUUCGCCCUGCUGUUGUCGUGUCUGCUGCCCGACACGGAUCACACCGAUUUGAAGUGAUCGCGUGGAUCGCGCUAUCCGAAUAAAACUUUAUAGGAAACAUUAGUU